AGCAUUAAUUGGUAACCCUAAUAGGUAUAGUCUGCCAUUUGUUUCGCCAAACAAUAUGCUUGUUACAAUUAUCGGUGCCAGUGGUACAAGCAUUCAGGCGACCUAUGUGUUGAUUUUCCUCAUAUUUGCCCCAAGCUGGAAAGAGAAGGCCAAGAUCUCUGGGAUUCUAUUUCUUCUCUUUCUCAUCUUCUCAACUGUGGCUCUAGUUUCCAUAUUGGCACUCCAUGGCCAUAAAAGGAAGCUUUUUUGCGGCUUAGUUUCUGCAAUUGUGGGCAUCUCUAUGUAUGGUUCUCCUCUCACUAUAAUGAGGCUGGUGAUCAAAACUAAAAGCGUGGAGUACAUGCCAUUAUUCUUGUCAAUAUUUGUUUUCACAUGCAGUAUCACAUGGUUAGUCUACGGAUUGCUUGGAGCGGACCCUUUUAUUUAUGUACCAAACGUGGUCGGAGCUUUGUUAGGAUUAGUGCAACUAAUUUUAUAUGCAGUUUAUCGUGAUAAAAAACAGGAAGUGAAGAAAGAAGCAGCAGAUGAAUCAGUAAAGAUGGAGCUUGAAUAUCCCAAUGAAGAAAAGCUCACUGACGCACAAAAUCAGAAUGCAACCGUACAUUAAUUUGCGUCAAUUUUUCUCUCAACGUAAGGGACAAAUUCUAAUUUAGUGAUUAUCUACAUAUGUAACUUAAUUUUCACUGAACUCCACUUGCCAAAACAAUCAUCAGCCGUACCUUGAAUUCCGAAGGACAAUUAAUGUAAUAACCUACACUCCUAAGAAAAUUGUUAUUCUAUUUUGAACCUUA